GCAGGCGCGCGGCGGGCAGGCCUGGAGGGGGCGGGACCGCGCGGGCCUCCAAGCCGCCAGCCCUGCAGCGGAGAGGUCACGGCGUGAGGCCGCCGCCACAGUCGCCGCGAGGUCGGAGCGCCGGGCUGCACCAUGGCCUACUGCCGGCAGGAAGGAAAGGAUCGAAUCAUAUUUGUGACCAAAGAAGACCAUGAAACUCCAAGCAACGCGGAGCUGGUGGCCGACGACCCCAACGAUCCUUACGAGGAGCACGGACUGAUCCUGCCCAACGGAGACAUCAACUGGAACUGCCCGUGCCUGGGGGGCAUGGCCAGCGGCCCGUGUGGGGAACAGUUCAAGGCGGCCUUUUCCUGCUUCCACUACAGCACAGAGGAUGUCAAGGGGUCGGACUGUAUAGACCAGUUCCGGGCCAUGCAGGAGUGCAUGCAGAAGUACCCGGACCUCUAUCCCCAGGAGGAGGAGGAUCGAUUAGAGGAAACGGCUGUCUCUGAGGCUGCCACAACCAAAGAAGAGGAGGGGUCUAGCUAAUGAGGGUCCUGGUCUCCAGCCUCCUUCAGAGAGGAUGAACCUCUCCAAGAAAGUGUCUCUCCCUCUGUUGUUCUGUGCACUGUAAUGUACAAAAUAACUUAUUGAGUGAUCAGGGGUCUUGGCCCCUUGACAUGUACACUGAAACAUGGGUUGUAUGUAUGUGUGUCUCACAUAACCUGUCAGCGAAUGUAGCCGCCACUUUUGAAUUCUCAGAUUGUCCUGAAUUUGGCCAUUUUGAAAUAAUGUGCUGAAUAAUCUCAGCAACCAAAAAUCUUUAUCUGGGAGUGUCUUGUGAGUGAGCUGAUCUAUUCUGAUUCAUUGUAUCCCUUUUAGUAGAUUUUAUACCCAGUUGGAAAGUGAAAUAGAAACAAACAUCUUCCUUUAAAAAUGCUGGAGGGGGGCAUUCCUUAUAGAAGAGGCGGGAUGAUCAGACCUGGAGGAUGUGACGAAGCACUAUGCUUCAUUUCUGAUAUAUUUUGGGUUCUAGUUUGCAUUGAGCUCCAUGUUUUCUACGUUUGGAAAACAGAGCUUUGGACCCUCUGAGUGACUCCCUUUGUAAAUGAAGAGAAAGGCUGUUUUUUUCUCUUUUUGUUAUCCCAAAAGCCCUGCUUUGGGGUCUGUGUUCACACUGGCUCUGUCUCAGCCUGUUCAGAUGCAAUGUUCUUGAGAGGUGGGGACCUAAUCAUUACCAAAGUAGCACCUGAGAGAGGAAACAGUGUCAAUUAAAAGGAAAACGUGA